AUGUCACCAAAGAAAUUCAAUUACAAGGCCGUCAAUCAAAAAGCUCCUGGUGAAACUAAUACUGGUGAGGUUACUGUUGCUGCUGUUGGUUUUAUUACCUCUACCGAUCAAACUCUUACUGCUGCCAAUCCGGUAGUUUCUGCUGCUCCUGUCGGUACUGAUGUUCAAGGCUCAAUUGCUGCCACUCUAAUGGAGAUUGGUUAUCCUAUCAUCACUGCUAGUCAAGAUGUAAUCAAUGGUGGUUCAUCUGCUAGUUCUUCCAGCGUUGGUAUUAUCCAUAGGGAUUUACCUACUAGAACGUCUGUUACAACCGAUGCUAUCAAUGGUGAUGCAUCUGGUAAUUUUUCUGUACCUGCUGAGAUUCAUGGGAGUCAAACAGGCAGUGUCAGUGCUAGUAGUAAUAUUUACGGGAAUACUGCUGCUUCUGUAGGUGAUGCGAACGUUGACAAUGCAUCUACCACCUUUUAUCAUAUUCCAGUACCUCAAGGUAACUACAAUACUGAUAAUGUUAGUAGAGGGAAUAAUGAUGUACUUACAAACCAUGUGGAUAUAGGAUUUGCCACCCCAAUCUCAAGUGAUGAAAGAUUGACCUUGAUGAACGAAAUUGAACGGCUGAGGCUAAUGGUUUUCAAAACUAUUAUUCAAAGCAUUGGAUGUCCACAAGGAUCAAUCAUACCUUCAAAUCUUGGUGUCUUGCGUAAUCAACUUGAGAUGGCUGAACGCACCUAUGAAUUGGUAUUUGGAAAGACAGAGAGUACCUUGGUACCAAAUGAAACACCCUAUUUUCAAUGGCGUGGACACUUCUUCAAGAAGCGUAGAGCUGUAUUCGCAACACCAAACGAUUGUCUCGAUCAUUUUGAACUGGUUUUGCAAGCUCAUCGUCUAUCAAUCCAAGACAACUGGGAAAGAAUUGUACCUGUGGAAUACAUCCACUAUGAUCUGCAUUCCGACAGUUCCUCCAGUUACCAGAUUUAG